AUGUUUAAUUGCAACUUGUGUACGAAAAAAGUAGGCUGUGAAGACAAAACUAAAGUAGUUUGUGUCACAUGUCAAAACUUAUUUCACGUGAAAUGUACAAAAAUCAAUUUUACAGACUUAGAUGACCUAAAAGAGACCAGCAAAAAAUGGAGAUGUAGCGAUUGCGAGUUAUCAUCGGGUACGUUGCCAGCUGCUGAGUCUAGUAAUAUACUUGACCUACUGGGAGGUCUGACCGAGGAAGUCAGGGAAUUGAAGUCCAAACUUCAAGAGAUAGAUGAACUCAAGGAGUUAAAGGAAGCCCCACAGAAUCAGUCGGAACUCUCAUUUGAGAACAUGGACCGUUUACUAAAAAUAGAAACACUCUUAGAGGACCAAAAAACCCAUGUUGAAAAUAACAGACUAAAAACAAAAAUAUCAGAGCUUGAAAGCCGACUAAACUUUACAGAACAAUAUUUGUUAGACAGACGGUGA